UUGUUGUUGAUGACAUUCCACAAACAAGACCAAUUUUUCUCCCACCAACAAAAGUUCCAAUGAGCACCCAUGGUUCUUACAACAUUAGAUCCAAAUCAAGCUUUGAAAAUGACAACAACAACAAGGGCACAAACAACAAAGGCACAAUGAAAGAAAGUGGGGGAGGAAGCACAGGAAAGGCAGUGAAAAUGGUGACACAAGGGAGCAAGGAGAGCCUGUUCAUAUGUUUUCUGGUGACCCUUUGGUACUCAUCAAACAUUGGUGUGAUCCUUCUCAACAAGUACCUUCUCUCCAAUUAUGGUUUCAAGUUUCCAAUCUUCCUCACAAUGUGUCACAUGUCUGCCUGCGCUGUUCUCAGCUAUGUCUCCAUCGUUUUCUUCAAGAUUGUGCCGCAACAGAUGAUCAAAUCCAGGUCCCAGUUCCUAAAGAUUGCAACUUUGAGCGUAGUUUUUUGUGGGUCGGUGGUUGGUGGUAACAUCUCCCUCAGGUACCUGGCGGUUUCGUUUAACCAAGCGGUGGGGGCGACCACGCCGUUUUUUACGGCGGUUUUUGCUUAUAUGGCUACGCUUAAGAGGGAGGCUUGGGUUACCUAUGGUGCUCUUGUUCCUGUUGUUGCUGGGGUUGUGAUUGCAAGUGGGGGUGAACCAGGCUUUCACUUGUUUGGAUUCCUUAUGUGCCUUAGUGCAACCGCUGCAAGAGCAUUCAAGUCUGUUCUUCAAGGCAUUUUACUUUCUUCUGAAGGGGAAAAGUUGAACUCCAUGAAUUUGCUCCUGUAUAUGUCUCCAAUUGCGGUCCUAGUUUUGUUACCUGCAGCGCUUAUCAUGGAGCCUACUGUUGUAGAUGUCACAUUGACGCUUGCAAAAGACCAUAAAUCCAUGUGGAUACUUCUUUUGCUGAACUCAGUCACAGCAUAUGCAGCAAACUUAACCAACUUCUUGGUGACUAAACAUACAAGUGCUCUCACACUCCAGGUAUUAGGCAAUGCAAAGGGUGCUGUAGCUGUUGUUAUCUCAAUACUCAUAUUCAGAAACCCAGUCACUUUUGUUGGUAUGGCUGGCUACACAGUUACCGUGUUGGGAGUUGCUGCAUAUGGAGAAACUAAAAGGAGGUUUAGAUGAACAAUCUCUUUCAUUCACCAUUUUUCGUGUUUGUGUAUUUUAAUGUAGUUUAUUAAUAUGAAGAAGAUUCAUUGUAACGUGACUAGGAGUAGUGGAGAGGGAAGUGAUUUUAUAAUGUCAUUCUGUUGUAUCUACCAUAUAAACAUUUAUAUAUACUCGUACAUUUAGUUAA